AUGGCUAACGCUGAAGCUUUUGCUGAUGGUUGGCAGAAGUUCACAGAAGAUCCACAGAACUUUUUGUUUGCCUCGAAUAUGAUUCAAAUUGCGGCUUUUGAGAAGACCAGUGAGUUGAGGGGAGUCUUCAAAAACUUAAUUUUCUUUCAGAUGGCUCAAUUUUGCUGGGCGGAAAACUUGCAACUCUUCACAUGGUGAUGAAAGAUGAGCCAUGGGAAAUCUCCGAAUAUCCAGCAAUCCGUGAAAAUCCCGAUGAGAAUAUCAAGGAGAUCUUAUUCUCCAGUGGCUGUCACACUUUUUUGAUUUUGACGACGAGCCAAACCGGAGCCAAUUUCGAAUUUCUCGCAACUUAUCGAUGGGAUUAUCAUGAAAAAGUGUUUCAAGAAAUUCCACUCGCCAAAAACUUUGAUGGAUUUCCGGAAGUUUUUGGGGAUUUUGAUCUACUUUUUGCCGGCUAUGAAGUUGAUACGGUGCAACAUUUUGCAAUUCUUUCUGUUGAGAAUGGUUAUCAUUUUUAUUUCGUGGAUUUUGGCGGGAAUUUUGAGGAGAGUUGUGUCAAGUAUUAUGGAUUUGUGGAGGCGAAUGGGGUGAGUUUCAAAAUAUUUUUUUCGGGGGCUUCAUUUUGACACCGAAUAAGCCACGCCCACUUUUUGUGUAGUCUUUUCGACUUAAAAUAAGCUCCGCCCAUUUUUCAGCGUGGCCGAGCUCUCAACGCUUUCACCACCAACAAAAAUCUCUAUUUCACAACUGAAAAAGAAAUCAAUGGAUCUUGGGACAACUCAACAGUCCUCAAAUACGAUUUCAUUGAAAAAGAGUUAAUCGAACUUCCAAUCGUUCUCGAUGGUCCCACAUUUUUCAACAAAGGAACCCUUUCGAAUUGGUAUGUUCCGGAUAAAUAUUGGGGAUUUUGCGGUGGAAAAUAUGAAGAUGGUGUGUUUAACGGUGAAAGUUGGGCGAUUCAAGGGUUCGAGAAUAAUGAGCUGAUUUGGAUUCGGAGAGAUCAGGAUGCGAGAUUUGAAGUUGAUGAGGAUUUGAAGAAUUAUGUGAUUUUGACAAGUCCGGCGGCUUUUGAGACAUUUUUGUUUGCGAGGGAGAAGAGCUUCAAAAUUUUUCAUGAGUGA